GAGUGAAAUGUAAACACGGGAGGUGAGGUGGAUCAUCUUCAUGUUUCAUCUACGCGAGAGAGAGAGAGAGAGAGAGAGAGAGAGUGUGUGUCUUCAAGUACUGCACAUCUUCAUUUAUUUAUUUAUUUUGUGCAAUCGCAACCAAUACAAUCUGUAAAAACCUAAAAACCGUUCGGUCACUCGCAUUUUUAGGGACUACCAACAACCCGCAAUUCUCUCUCCCUCCACAUUCCAAUCAAUUUUGAGAAAUUUCAGUUUUAUUCUAAUUUCUUUAUUUUUUCAUUUUGAAUUUUCCGUUUGUCUUCUCUUUCUCUCUCGUUCCAUUUCCUUUUUGUACAGUCACUUUUUUUCUCCGUUUUUUUUUUUUUUUUUUUUUUUUUUUUUUUUUUGAAAAUAAAAAUAUAUUUUUAGUUUUGUUAACAAUGGUAAUGGAUAUAACCGUUUGAAUAUCCAACAGAGAGAAAAUUUUUGGAACCCAGAAUCGCCUGUUAGGUACCCACCUCGACCAGAAUUCCCGCAUCAAUCAAAAAAUAAUAAUAUAUACGGAUACAUAUAUAUUGAUUUUGAAUUCUAUAUAUUUUUCUUUUAGUUUGAAUGCUGGGUUUCUGGUCUUGGUUUUGAUUGUUUAAUGAUCUUUUAGAGCCUUCUGGUUUUGUGUUUUUCUCAAAUAUUCUGUUUCUUUGUCUGUUGUUAAUAACUUUUUUUUUAACUAUUUCAUCUUUGCCUUCAAAAGGUACAUUUCAAUUUUAUUAUAUACAUAUAUACAUAUAUAUAUAUACACACACAUUUAUAAAAUUUGUUUUAUUUGUCGCCUAUAGUGCUGUUUUGGUCUUUCUCUCUUGUAAAUUUCUCUUCAUUCAGUUGUUGAUAUUGGCUUCUUGUUAAUUGUAACAGAAGAUUUUGAAGUUUUUCAUAGUGGGUCUCUUUCCUUAAAAAAUUCCUUGCUGUUGUUACAUUGUAUGCAUAUGAUUUUCAAGUUGGAUUUUUCUUUAUGACCUCUACCAAAUGUGGUUCAAGUUUUUGUUUUUUGGGAGGAAUCACCGUUUCUGACAUUUGAUGGAAGCUGUGGCUCAAAAGGUGAUUGCAAAGAAUGGGCUGUCUUUGCUGCAAAGGAACCAGUGUAAAUGACUAUGUUGCUGAGACUGAAAGAGAGAAAGAGCAAAACAAAUCUUCAGAACAGGUGAUUGCCCCCUCCAAGAGAGAGGAGAUUGUAGUGGAGGUAGAUAAGGUUGGGACUGAUGUGUCUGUUCAUCCUAUAUCUAAGCCGGCUUUGCAAGCCAAUGUGGGCUCUGUUCCUGCUUCAAACAAUGAGGAGGAGAAAAAAACGAAGAUUGUUGAAGGACAAGGACCCAUGCAUCAUCGUAGACGGGCAUCAAUGGAUUUGGGAGUCAAUGGGGGACAUAAAACCAUGUCUUGGAUAGUUAGCAUGCCACAUGCUGCCAAAGGAGAACAACUUCUUGCAGGAUGGCCAGCAUGGCUAGCUUCAGUUGCAGGAGAAGCCAUCCAAGGAUGGGUUCCUCGAAGUGCAGAGUCAUUUGAGAAGUUGAACAAAAUUGGACAAGGAACUUACAGCAGUGUGUAUAAGGCCCGUGACCUGAAAACUGGUAAAAUUGUUGCAAUGAAGAAAGUCCGUUUUCUUAAUAUGGAUCCAGAAAGUGUCCGUUUUAUGGCUAGGGAAAUCAAUAUUUUGCGUAAACUGGAUCACCCAAAUGUGAUGAAGCUCGAGGGUCUAGUCACUUCUAGGAUGUCAUGCAGUUUGUACCUUAUAUUCGAAUACAUGGAGCAUGAUCUUGCUGGGCUUGCAGCUUCACCCAAGAUCAAGUUCACUGAACCACAGAUUAAAUGCUAUAUGAAGCAACUAUUUCAUGGACUUGAACACUGCCAUAGUCGUGGGAUCCUGCAUCGAGACAUCAAGGGUUCAAAUCUUCUAAUUGACGAUAAUGGAGUUCUCAAGAUUGGUGAUUUUGGACUGGCAACCUCUUUCCAGCCUGACAAAAGUCAGCCAUUAACUAGCCGUGUUGUAACUCUGUGGUAUAGGGCUCCUGAGCUUUUACUUGGUGCAACAGAAUAUGGAGUUGCCAUUGAUCUCUGGAGUGCUGGUUGCAUCCUUGCAGAAUUGUUUGCUGGGAAGCCUAUCAUGCCCGGAAGAACAGAGGUCGAGCAAAUGCAUAAAAUUUUCAAGCUAUGUGGCUCACCUUCUGAGGACUACUGGAGGAAAUCAAAAUUGCCACAUUCUACUAUUUUCAAACCUCAGCAUCCUUACAAGCGGUGUGUUUCUGAGACAUUCAAAGAGUUCCCUUCUUCAGCUUUGGCUCUUAUUGACACCCUUCUUGCGAUAGAACCAGAGAAGCGGGGUACUGCUGCUUCUGCAGUUCAUAGUGAGUUUUUUACGAAAAAUCCUCUCCCCUGCGAUCCAUCUAGUUUACCAAAAUAUCCCCCUAGCAAGGAAUUUGAUGUCAAGCUUCGAGAUGAAGAAGUAAGAAGGAAAAAGGCUGAGGCUGUGAAAGGACGUGGACCUGAAUCUGUAAGAAGGGGUCCAAGGGAAAGCAAGGAAGUUUCUCCAGAAUAUGAUGCUCAGGGACAGGGACAGUCAAAUACCAAAAGCAUCAGUGAAAAAUACUAUCCCCUUGAGAAUGAUGAGUCUGACUUCCCCAUCGAGCCACCCAGAAUUCCAAAUAAUGGGUUCUCACUCUCUAAUUCAAUGGUUCAUCCCUGUGCGGUUGGAUAUUCAUGGACUAAGAAGGUGAAGGAGGGUGAUGGGUAUGUCGGUCUGGGACGGACAACUGUGUCUUCACAAAAUGGUUCCGAGAUGAGGAGACAGAUAUCUCACAUGCCCCAGGCACCAGCCGACAUGUCCAACACUCACUUUAAGAAGAAUGAAAGGGUCCCUGUCAAGGAAUCUACGGGUUACGUACCAAGGCAGAAUAGGAUCCAUUACUCUGGACCACUUAUGCCUCCUGGUGGAAACAUGGAAGAAAUGCUUAAAGAGCAUGAGAGACGUAUUCAAGAGGCAGUCCGCAAAGCACGUCUUGACAAGGCCAGGACCAAGAAAAAUUGCUACGAUCAUGGGCAGUCCAACUCAUUAUAUCAGAAUGGAAAUUUUCACAAUCCCUAAAACUGAAAUUCCGAUACUUAGGAACAGAAUCUCAUUAUAUUUGGCUGUUUUCACUAGCAAAAAAGCUUCGUUUUCACCAGGGACCAGGAAAGAGAUAAUAUGCCCAAUAGUUCAAUCGAAGUUUGGGCGGAAUGGGUGUGCAUGAUUUUAAGCACGGUGGAUCGAAAUUUUUGGACAGGGAAUUAAUGUGCCUUUUGCUGAGUCGUAGUCACUACAUGUUAUAUGUAUAUGAUGCAAAUCCAUUUCUUUCCUCGUAACUUUUUAUGCAGAAAAAAAUUGAAAUUCAGUGUUUUUCGCUUUCAUUGUUUAAAUGAUGGGCAUGUUAGUAUAA